ACUGAGACAACCCAAAAGAGAGAGAGAGGUAGCCCCCUUAAAAGAAAAAUCAUGGGUUCCUUUCCUCACGUAGUGGAAGACUGCAUGGGAGUCCUCCAAGUCUUGAGUGAUGGCACCGUUUUCAGGUCCAAAAACAUACAAUUCAACAUGCCUGUCAUCGAUGAAAAAUCUGUUCAUUUCAAAGAUGCCAUGUUUGACAAAAGCCACAACCUCUAUCUCCGACUUUACAAGCCUACAUCAGCAUCUGUUCCAGGCAACAAUAAUAAGCUCCCCAUCAUCAUUUUCAUUCAUGGUGGUGGUUUUUGCCUAGGCUCUCGCAUGUGGCCUACCUGUCACAGUUCCUGCCUACGCCUAUCGUCAGGGCUCAACGCGCUGGUCGUCGCGCCGGACUACAGGUUGGCCCCGGAGCAUAGGCUGCCGGCAGCCAUGGAUGAUGCAGCCAGUGCCAUGAAGUGGUUGCAGGGUCAAGCUUUGAGUGGAAAUACUAAUGAUGCAUGGUUCGGCAGUGGUGAGGUUGACUUUGACCAGGUUUUUGUCGUGGGCGAUUCAUCGGGUGGCAAUAUUGCACACCAUUUGGCAGUUAGGUUGGGUGCUGGUUCGACAGAGUUGGCUCCGGUUCGAGUACGAGGUUAUGUGCUGUUGGCACCAUUUUUUGGUGGGGUGGUCAGGACAAAGUCAGAGGAUGGGCCUAGCGAGGCUUUGUUGAACCUUGAGAUACUCGACAGGUUUUGGAGGCUGUCAAUGCCAAUUGGAGAGACAAGAGACCACCCUUUGGCAAACCCAUUUGGUCCGUGGAGCCCUCGCCUUGAAACAGUGACCCUCGACCCCAUCUUGGUCAUUGUAGGGGGCAAUGAGUUGUUGAAAGACAGGGCUGAGGACUAUGCCAGAAGACUAAAAGAUAUGGGGAAGAAGAUUGAAUACGUUGAAUUUGAAGGAAAGGAACACGGUUAUUUCAAUUGCGAUCCGCACUCUGAUGCUACAAAUCAAACCCUGCAAGUUAUCAGCCGAUUUAUGUCUGACAACUCUAGCUGAAGAUGAUCAGGUGCCACCGGUUCAUCGGCUUUGGCAAUUUGUAUUAGCUAGUAGCUAUAACAUGUAAUUUUUUUUGUUCUGUGGCAACUAUCCUGGAAAGAUUACUAGAUAAUAUUCCAUGCACACGGUCCUAGGAAAUUAUAUUAACUUUUUUUGUGUGUAUGACUGUGAGGUUAUGUUCUUGGUCAUUGUAUAAUUGAAUCGUGUUGUUAAAUUUUCUCUGUUUCUUUCCUUGAUAAUUGAUCCUUUUUUGUUUUCAAUCGACAUGUAUAAGCCCAACUUCAUGUCUCCUGGAUUUCAAGCAAUGUCACAAUCAGAACAAUGGGUUGAUCCUUAUUUUUCA